UCAUCUUUGUGCAUCAAUGAAAAGUCCAAGUAUGGCUUUAUUCAAGCAACAGAAGGUGGAGGAUGUUUAUGAAAUCGGGGAGGAGCUAGGAAGUGGCCAGUUUGCCAUAGUGAAGAAAUGUCGAGAAAAAAGCACUGGUAUGGAGUAUGCUGCAAAGUUCAUUAAAAAACGUCAGAGUCGGGCCAGCCGUCGUGGAGUGACACGUGAGGAAAUUGAACGGGAGGUUACUAUUCUGCAGCAGAUUCUGCAUGCCAACAUCAUCAAGUUGCAUGACAUCUAUGAGAACAAGACGGAUGUGGUCCUCAUCCUUGAGCUGGUUUCUGGAGGGGAACUUUUUGACUUCUUGGCACAGAAGGAGUCUUUGAGUGAAGAGGAAGCAACCAGAUUCAUCAAACAAAUUUUGGAUGGUGUGAAUUACCUUCACUCUAAGAAGAUUGCUCACUUUGAUUUAAAGCCUGAAAACAUUAUGCUUCUAGACAAGAAUAUCCCUAUUCCACACAUCAAACUCAUUGACUUUGGCCUGGCUCACAAAAUAGAAGAUGGAGUUGAAUUUAAAAACAUUUUUGGAACUCCAGAGUUUGUAGCUCCAGAAAUAGUAAACUAUGAACCACUUGGACUAGCUGCAGAUAUGUGGAGCAUAGGAGUCAUCACUUACAUACUACUUAGCGGUGCAUCACCUUUCCUUGGAGAAACUAAACAAGAAACACUUGCCAACAUCACAGCUGUAAAUUAUGAGUUUGAUGAAGAGUUUUUCAGCAAUACCAGUGACUUGGCGAAAGAUUUUAUUCAGAAACUUCUGGUGAGAGAUACACGGAAACGGCUUACAAUUCAGGAAGCUCUGUCUCAUCCCUGGAUAACGCUGAAAGAAGAAACAAAAGUCCAAGAAAACAAGAAGGUUGAGAACACGCAGCUGAAGACAAAACGCCUGAGAGAGUACACCAUAAAGUGCCAUUCGAGUAUGCCUCCCAAUAAUACCUACAUCAACUUUGAGCGCUUUGCCCGGGUGGUAGAAGACAUAUCGCUUAUGGAGCGAGGUUUCAGCACUUUGACUGCAUUCCACGAUUCCUUGCAGGAAGACAUUGACGCUCUGGUUUCCAUUUAUAAUGAGAAGGAAGCUUGGUAUAAAGAAGAGAAUGAAAGCGUGAGGCACAAGCUGUCUCAGCUGAAGGAUGAAUACCGUAAAACUGAAUCCCUGAAAAGACAUCUACAAGAUGAUAUAAAGACUGUAGGUGCUAGUCUUACAGGCAUAACUGGAAAAUACGCUGAUCUGCAGAGUCAGUAUGAAUCUCUCAGUCAAGAACUUUCUGAGGAGCUCAGGUGGAUACAAGAUUUAAUGAGUAGUUUUCAGCCGGAAAAUGAAGCCUGUGUGAAUAGAAACUUUGACUCUGUUUUCAACAAAGAUAUAAAUGAGUCACUAAUGGAGCUGUUAAAUAGAUCUCGCUGUGAAGAAUUCCUUGCAGGCUUGAAUCUUGAUGUAGCAGAAUCAAAUCAGUAA